AUGGGUUCUUGUCUCUCGGCCGCCGGAGACGGCGAGCAGGCGUCGGCGUCGAGCGUGUCCGGCACCCACCAGUUCACGAUCCGGGGCUACAGCGCGACCAAAGGCAUCGGCGUCGGCAAGUCCAUCCUCUCAUGGUACUUCACCGUCGACGGCCGCACGUUGUUCGUGCGCUACUACCCCGACGGCUACAACUUCCAGUCGUCAGGGUUCAUCGCCUUCUACGUGCAGACGCUCUACAAGCCAGUGUGCCGCCCCGUCCGCGCCCGCUUCACCUUCGAGCUCCUCAGGCCCGACGGCAGCGUCGCCUACGCGCUCCGCUCCGACCGGCCGUGCAACUUCGACACGCACUGCAACAGCUGGGGGAUCCGCGCCUUCGUCGCCCGGAACGAUCUCGAGGGCGCGUACCUGGGCGUCCUCCACCAGGACGCCAUCAAGGUGCGCUGCACCGUCGAGGUCGUCAAUAGCCAGAGGAAGCGCCGCGGCGGUGGUCGUCAGGCCACCGUGGCGUCGGCGUCGGACUACGCGGCGAACGCCAUCAGGUUCUUCAUCAGCGGCACGGCGCCAUUCGACGUCAAGUUCUCCGUGGGCGGCGUGACCUUCGAGGCGCACGCGCUGGUGGUCGCGGCGCAGUCCGAGUGGUUCGCGGCGGCGCUCUACGGCCACGGGGGCGGCGAGAGGUGGGUGGAGGCGGGGCUGCCGUGCAUACCCAUCUCCGGGACGACCCCGGAGGCGUUCCAGGGCGUGCUCCACUACGUGUACCACGACGCGCUGCCGGAGGAGCUGAUCAAGGCCAAGGGCGAGGCCGUCAUGAUGCCGCAGCUGUUCGAGGCCGCCGACAUGUUCCUCGUCGGGAGGAUGAAGGCGAUGUGCGCCAGCCGACUGCGCCAGUUCAUCAACGACGACACCGUGCGGAGCAUCAUGGAGCUGGCGCAGGCGCACUCCUGCGAGGAGCUCCAGCAGGCGUGCCAGAAGCACUUGGGCCGCCCUAGGCCGUAG